AUGAUGUCCCGCAUCCUUAAAUCACGGCUUUCUUUUAUUGCACGUGCUGGCAUCCGGCCCCAGCUUCCUGUUUUGCCCUCCAGAAACUUGUUCCGUCGCCUCGCAACUCCAUCCAAUGUUGCCUUCGCCCGAUUCAACUCCACUAAGGCCACAUUGAAAGUCGACAACCCGCAACUCAUGAUUGCGUUCACGUGUAAAAAAUGUGAAACCCGAUCGUCGCAUGUCUUUUCGAAACAGGCUUACACCAAAGGGUCUGUGCUCAUACAAUGUCCUGGGUGUAAGGGAAGACACUUGAUAGCAGAUAACUUGAAGAUCUUCAGGGACGAAAACGUCAACUUGGAGGAUAUUUUGAAGGCAAGCGGCGAAUCGGUAGCCACAACAACGGACGACUUGGCCUUUGAAGAUAUUCCCGAGUCUUUGCGGAAAGUCAUUGGUCAUCAUGCUAAAGAUGCACCUGAGGAGUAUCAGAAGCCAGAAGGUGGUAACUUGCCACCGGCAGAGGAGACGAAAAAGGAGUAA